GAGUUGUUUCGUUUCGUUUUAAUAUCAGACACGUGACAACGUGAAACUUUUCAAGGGAGAUAAAAACAAUAACAAAUAACUGGUACGCGUGAUUUAACAUUUUUACAAUUUUCCAAGUAAAGGGAUGCAAAUUCGAGUUUUUAACAUCAAAUGGACUGAUAUAAGCACAUUUUGAUCAGCAUUCCAUAAAUUAGUAAAGAGUAACCUUGACAAACGUUGUGAUAGAAACAGAAGCUGAUAGAUCUACAGUAUUGUGUGUUUGCCAACAUCCAUAAUAAGAUGGCAAGUUCUGAACUGGACUUGAUGAAAGAAAUUCCUGGAUACAAGCUGAUUCUAAAGACAGUUUUAAAGGGGCAGAUUCAACAACUGGUACAACAGUUAGCCUUGUAUACAGAUGAGGAAUCAGUCCUUCUGACAGCUUGUGUUGGUGAUGGAGCAGUCACGGUCAGCAGUCUGGGGUCGGACAUCGGUAAAAUGUUUCUCGGGGACCAUGAAGACAUAAAAUCGCAGUUUAUCAGCUUCUGUUUGAAAAAUCAUCAUAACAUUCCGCUGCAAAAAGAUGAAUCAACAAUUGAUAAUGACCCUUACUUUGGGCCUUGUAACUUACCUUUGUCUCCUAAAGUUGUCUCCCCUAAGCAAGGGGGAGUUCUCACAAGGUCAUCACCUAAACAAAGGCAUGAGCCGUACCCUGUUAAAAGAUCUAGUAGUAGACAAGCAUUUAACAUAGAGAAGAGUGCCAGACUAACUGAAGGCAAGAUGGUGUCUAUAAAACAAGAAAACAGUAGCACAGGGCCUAAUGAUAGCAUUAGUAAUGUAGAAAUUGGAAAUCCAGAAAGUGUAGAAAGUUUGACUGGUCCUAGAGAACAGUGUGACCAGUCUGAGAAAAAAGGAGAAAUUUUUGAGAACCAGUUUGCAUAUCAGAAUGAGGCAACAUUCCAAAGAGAGGCUGAGAAAGAUAACAGUGAUAAUAGUAACACUUCCUCACCAGAAAAUUCCAAAACAGUUCCGGUAACUCCAGAGAGCCUUUUUGUCAAUUCUUGUUUCACCAGUUCACUGCCCUUGGACACGGCUCAGAGAGAAAAUAGGUCACAGUCUGCUUGCAAUUCUGACAUAAAACUUGAAGCAAUAUCUGAAUCAGAGAUGGAGCUUGAAAUCACUGGCACCAUGCCAGGCAAUGGCAAUGCCAAGGGUAAGAAGAGUCUGUCUUUGGCUGAUGUAACCUUGAGCCCAAAGAGUGCAGGUGCAACAAGUGGUUAUGAGGAUUUAGCAAGACAGGUACCCCAAAUAUCGGAGCCUACCUUUACGGCUUCUUACCCUGUCACAGUGCUUAAAGAUGAGGGUAGUGCUACACCCGGGGGUACAGAACUCCACGAGUUUGAAGCCCAAGACGCCGAAACGGGUGUGAUACCAUUCUUAGAUUUUACUUAUGACCCGACAAGUGGUGCCGACAUGUUUGAAAUCACAGAAACGGUAACUGCUACAGCAAGAAAAGCUGUUGUGACUUUGAAACCAAACGAGGAGUUUGAUUAUGAAACGCUCGACACCUACAAGAUCUAUGCUAAGGCAUCGGACGGCACCAAUACAGCGACAGGAUUGCUGACCAUACAAGUCAGGGAUGUGGGCGAGGCACCGACCAUGAACCCAAAUACCACCGAGCAGUACUUCACUAUUGAGGAAAACGCUGCAGGUACGGUGAUCGGUAGUCCAAGUUUUACCAUCCAAGAUCUGGACAACAUUGACGUUCAUACUUGGGCUAUUACUGGCGGUAACGGAAGCAGCUAUAUAAGUAUAAAUACUAAUAAUGGUACGAUAACUCUAAAGACAAAUUAUGACAGAGAUGAUGCGAGCCUUUCUGAAGGUUUAUAUGUUGAUGUGAGCAUCACCGACAAGUAUAGUUUAAGCGUCACCACCAUCUACUACAUCACAAUCACUGACCGUAACGAUAAUAUCCCUAUAUGCAGUCCUAAAAUUUACAACUUUAACGUCACGCGGACGACUGCAAUUGGAACUGUUCUGGCUACACUCGCUUGUACAGAUGCUGACAUAUCAUCUCCUAACAAUGAAAUCACGUACUCGUUCAUCACCAAUGAUGCAACCAGUAACUACUUCAAUAUCAGUGGGUCCGAUAUUGUGUUGUCGUACCUCAUGGACCUCGAAUAUGGCGGCGGACCGUACACCGUGUUUGUAAACGCAGCCGACGGCGGGAGUAUACCGACAACAUCAACUGUGACUCUAACUUUCACUAUACCAGAAGCUACAACCCUACCACCAACUACUACAAAUGUGCCUAAUCCUGGGUAUGAUGCUCUUUCCAGCGACGAUUCACUUACCGUCUUCUUGAUAAUCGCCGCCUUUGUUGCCGCGUGUAUUCUGGGCUAUGUACUCAUACUUUGUUGGCGAUGGAAUACAUUUGGAAAAUGUCUGCCAAGCAAAUGUCCUGACAGACAUGAUUGUGCGACAUGCUGCGUGUGUUGCCCUGGAGAUGAUAUAGAGAAAAACAGUAUUAUCGACAACGAACUACCAAAUAUUGGGAACAAAAAAGGGUUGCCUCUUGGAUUCGAAGCACCAAACAGCCGACGGAAACCAAUAUAUUGAAAGGAUUUGUUGUUACUUUGUCUUGGUAUAUCAUCUAUAACUGGUUGACGCCGACACUACAUGAACACAAGAUUUUUUUU